AUGAGUCCAGGUCGCCUGCACCCAGCCGAACGCCGCGCACAAGCAGACCUCGAGCGCGCCCUCGCUCUCUCGCGCUCGCAAGCUCCUCCUGCUCAGCCGACAGACUCGCAACCGCCACCGCCGACGAAGUACGGCACGCUAGGUGGUGGGACGCUCGACAACAGCAGUACGGUGCAGACGAGCCAGCUGGCAGGGACCAGUAGUACAGGCGUCUUCAGGUCGAGCAGCGACGAGCAGGUUCAUCUCCCUCAGCGUCUGCCACAGCUCCCGACGUAUCAGGGGCUGGAGAGGGAGGUCGUGCCGACUACAUUCGCUACUACGACGGCGCCGAGUGCUCCCGCAGCCAAGGUCCUCGUGCAGGAGACUCCGUCGACCCUCUCUUCAGCGCGAGAUUCGACCGGCAUGAACCCGCUCAUGGCAGACCCGGCUGGCAUGAAGCCUUUCGGCGAUGCGACUGGUAUAGGAGCAAUGGAGGAGGAUACGAGCGGCGAGCUUGUCAUUGCAGACAGCGACGGCGAGGAAGCCGCCUCCGCCCGCCUCUCCCUCUCAGGCCAGUCUGUCGCACCUGUCGCCGGCCCAUCCCGCUUCAACGCCCUCAACAACCCCUCCCCGGUCGCUCCUCCCGCAAACACAAACCUCGCCUCCUCCUCCAUCCACGACACGACCACCUCUUCCCUCUCUCGCCCGAACACUACAGCGACCAACACGACUUCCACCGAUCCGAUCGUCACCUCGACGUCGGCAGCAUCCGGUCCUUCGAAGUCGCGCUCUUCGAAAACUCAUGAUUUCGUGGUCGAGAUCGAGUCGCCUGCGCAGGCGAGGACGUCGUCGAAGAAGAGCUCGUCUUCCGCUGAGAAGAAGAAGUCCGCGGCAAAGGAGAAGGGGAAGGGGAAGAAGCGUGCGGUUGCCGACUCGGAGGAGGACGAGGAGCACCAGUCGCGCGAAGGGGGCGAGACGGUCUACGAGCAGCCUCCUGCCACGAAGGCAAAGGGUCCGAAGCGCCAGCGCACGGCGUCGACAAAGCCGUCGGAGGAGCGCGUCUUAUCGAAGGAGACGGUCGACUCGGAAAAUGACGACGAUGACGAGAUUGUGCUCGCCUCCGCCUCCGCCUCCGCCUCGACGAAGAACAAGCGCUCGAUCGUCGACGAGGAGGAAGACGACCCGCUCUCCAUCCCUGGCUCGGUGUCACACAAGCCUGGUAGCAGGUCGACCGCCUCGACCUCCGCAGGAGCCGACGACGCCGACGCACGCCCAACGAAGAAGUCUCGCAAGUCUACCGCCCGCAGCGAGGCCGUCUCGGAAGACGAAGACGGGCAGAAACGUCUCGCGGAGGAGAUUGCGCUUGUGAAUGACCGCGUUGAGGAGGCCGAUUCGGAUUUCGAGACGGGCGGGAAGGGGAAGAAGGGGAAGAAGAAGAAGGCUGCGCCGAAGAAGAGGCAGAAGGAGGGGGAAAAGGCCAAGCCUCGGAGGGCGCCGACGGUCAAGAAGGCUUCGAUCGGGGCGGGCGAGACGCAGGUCGUUCCCGAGACGCCGGCUGAGCCUGCUGGUACUGGCGAAGCCGAGGCGGCGGCAGACGUCGAAGAGGACGACGCGGUCAUGGUCGACGCGGAUCAGGCUGCGGCGGACCCGGAGAUGGACCGCGAGCAGGAGGAACCUGUCGUUGCGAAGAAGAAGGCCGACAAGGGCAAGAAGAAGGCCGUCGUGCAGGACUCGGAGGAGGACGACCAGCCCGCUGCCGCCGACGCUCCAACGGCCGCACCCGCCUCUCCGUCGGCGUCAGAUGCCGGUCCCGCCGCCAAGGCGAAGAAGGGCAAAGGCAAAGGGAAGGCGAAGGCGAAAACUGCGCCCGCUCCCACCAAGAAAGGUCGCAGCAAGAAGAACGUCGUUCCCGCUUCAGACGAUGAGCAGAACGAUGCAGCCAGCGACGCGACUUCGGCCAUCAACACCGGCGACGAGUCGCCUUCCGACGAGGACGAGCAGCCCGUUGCGCGCAAGAAGGGCAAGGCGCCUAGGAAGAAGCGCGCCGCAGCGAACAAGGUCGACGACUCGCCCGCUUCGUCUCGCGCCGCCUCGACUGCCGCUCGCUCCGUCUCGCCUGCCGUCUCCCGCGCUUCGGGCAAUCGUCGCUCGCUUGAGGAGAGGAUGGACGCUGUGACGAAGGCUGCACAGGAGGCGGACGAGUCGUUCAUUGCGGCGGACAAGGGGCACAGCGGAGCAGGCAAGGGGAAGGGGAAGUUGGUCGUCAAGGACGAUGAGGAGGCGGAUGACGAGGAUGAGGAGGAGGAGAAGGCUGAUCCUCCGUCGCCCGCAUCGAGCGAGGCCAAGGAGAAUAAGGCUUUCGCCCAAGCGAGCACGUCUCGCGGUACACCUCAGCAAGUCCAGCGCGGCCGCAGCUCGGUCGGCACGCCCGGAACGCCUUUCUCCAAGCCGCCCAAGCCAGGCAGCCUCGCCGCCAUCAUGGCCAAGCGGGGACUCGCGACCUUCCGCCCUCCCGGCCUCUCGAAUCGCGCCAAGCUCCCUCCGCUCCAUACGAAUCUCAAGCCUGCGCCGCCGCCGAAGAAGAUCCUCAAGGAAGACAAGCCGAAGAAGAAGAAAAAGAAGGGCGAUGAGAGCUAUUCGGACGAGGAGAAGCCCUGGUGGGAGACGAAGGACCCCGAGGAGUGGGACUCGGACGACCACCGCCGCUGGCAGAAGCGCCAGCGCCGCAUCGAGCGCGGCCUGCCCGCCGACUCGGACGACGACUAG